AUGAACCAGGAACAAUUGAUGAUGCAGGAGGAAGAGAACCUUUGGCCGGGAAGCGGGAGGUCGGAUGAACCAAUUGCGCUAAACCCGAUUGGGCCGUGCCGUGACCUGAACUCGGGACUGCGAUUAACACUCCUGCAAUUGCUGCGUCUCAGGCUAUAUUCAACCCCCACCGCUUCAACGUCAACCAUGUCGCUCUUCAGAAUCGGAGGUGCUGCUGGCCUCCGGGCUCCUCGCCUGGUCGCUCCCGUAAGCGUUCGUUUCAAUUCUAGUGCCACCCAGGGUACUCCGGCCGUCAAGACCAACUCAUCUGAGGUUCCCACCACUCGCUCCCAAGAAAGCUCUCUGGUCAAUGAGCAGAGUAGCUCUCACAAGCUUGACUAUGGUGCCACGAUCGACCAUGGUACCUCGCUAUUCUCUCCAGUUCCCAAGCGUGUGAUGAAUGGCAGUGAGCCUGUUGGCACUCUCCCUGCUGCAGUUCUCUCCGGCGCUCCUACUGAUCUCCAGGCUCGCACUGUCAGAAUUUACCGCCCUUCAAAACCCGCUACUCAGUCUGGUACUUGGCACACUCACCACUGGCGGAUGGACUGGGAUAUCCUGCAGAAGGGCCACCGAUGGGAGAACCCGCUUAUGGGCUGGCAGUCAUCUGCCGAUGGCAUGCAGGGUACCAACAUCAAGUUCAAGUCGAAGGAGGACGCCAUUGCAUUCGCCCAGAAGCAGGGUUAUGAAUAUUUUGUGCAGGAGCCGAAUGAGCGCCGCUUUGUGCCCAAGGUCUAUGCCAACAACUUUACUCACGUGCCUGGAAAGCUCAAGCAUAUCAGGACCAAAUGA